AUGUCGACCAGUUCCGCCCAGCCGUCUUCGUUCAAACCUCUCCAUGCGACAGAGUACGCGCCUCCCCCGCGCCGACCGUCCCCUUUCUCGCUUCCCAGCGACCUCGACAGCGAAGACGACUAUUUGCAGUUGGAGGACGAUCACGGCGCGCCCAUCGACUUGAUGGUGGAGGAGGACUCGCGGGGAGAUCACCCCCCAAACAACAUGGACACCACCGGCCCGCAUGACGGUGCGGACCACGCGCAAGAAGACACCACCAUCGGUACACGACCGGACGACCACUCGAUCUUUACGGCCGGCAAUACAGACCUCGAUGACUCCAACGCUUCGUUAAACCUCCCGCCCCUGCCCGAUAACGACGACAGCAGCCUCUACCUCCUGUCCAGCGAGGACGGCGACCGCGAGCGCAUCGACAACCAGACGUUCAUGGAGGAGAAGGAAAUGCGCCAGAAACUGAUGGAUAUGGAGUCGAGCUUUCUACCCGAACCGUCGACCGUCGAAGUUGCGGCCGCAAACCAAACGCACGGCAUGGACGAUACUUACCUGGUCGGUGUGUCUGGCGAAAAUGCAGCCGACCCCUCGACCAAUCCGGAACUGACACAACCCUCGGUCGUGGUCCAUGAUGAAUCUAGCCAUGAUCUCGCGUCGACUACUGAUGGGGUACCGGUUCCGCAGACUCCAAGCCUGGGGCCGGCGGAGGAUACGACGGUUGACUUGGAUACGACCCCGGCGGGUGCCUCAGAGCGGUACGACGACCAUACGACCAUGUUGGAAGCUCCGUCAUCACCAGCCGCAGAUGCAGCAGCUAGGACGGAAAAUCGCAAUCUCUUCUCGAGCUCCCACGAUGCCCAUGAAACUGGCCAGGAGUCUCACGACAUGUCUAACGAUAGAUCCUUGGUCUCAGAAUCCGGUGAUUCCCUACGUCCAGGACAAGAGUCGGUCCAGACAACCUUGCGAAGUUUGUCGCCUGGGCUGCCCCGACUCUUCCAUGAUACCAGUAACCACGAUAUUGAGGGCGCUUCGCGGACCAGCAGCCGAAGAAGCGGUCGCCCGAAGUACCUGAUGAGUCGCCAAUCAGCCAAUCGUCUUUCCUACUCGUCUGUCGCAACGAGCAAUACGGAGGCGACGAACAGCGAAGCUACUUUGGGUGCGGACUACGCGUUACAAUCGGGCGGUGCAGCUCCCGGUUCUAGCAUCGCCCAGCCUGCGCGGCGCGACCCCAUGGCCAGAUCGGUGAGCCUAGGGAGCAUGGCAUCUGGGGUCUCUGGAUAUAGCGAUGAAAACGUCACAGAUAAGAAGAAUCGAUCUACUAGCGCCGUGGAUGGAGGUCUCCAGACUUUGGACGAAGAAGAAGGCACGUCACCAUCACGUCCUGGAUCAUCCCAACAGCGGCCCCAAGACCAAUCGACCAUCGCAGACGCCGGACCCGUAACGCCGAAAGCUAAAACCCAGGAUCAUGUCUUUCCCACUGACACUGUCCUUGCGGAACGGGUGAAGGAUGUCCAGGUUCCAAGUACGUUUGUGAGGCAGUUCCGAGAAGACUUUGGAGGACGGGGGGUGUCGCCCGACAAACGUGCGGGUGCCACGCCGGCUUUUGGCCGCAGCGGUCGAAGCAUGACGCUCAAAGAGCAGAGCAGCACCAUCGACAGGCUGUCGAAGGAGAAUUUUGACCUGAAGAUGAGGAUUCAUUUCCUCAAUGAAGCCCUGAACCGGCGUUCCGAAGAGGGGAUCAAGGAAAUGAUAUCAGAGAAUGUCGAGCUCAAGUCGGAUAAGCUCAAGUUGCAAAAGGACAACCAAACCCUCAAACGGAAGAUCCGAGACUUGGAGAAGCAGCUGAAGGACCAACAGUCCGACAAGGAAUCCAUGCUCAACCACGAUCCCGAAGGCUCCGACGAGAGUGACCGCGACCCAGCCCAGGACGAAGAGAUCCUCUACCUACGCGAGAGAGUGGAGAGCUACGAACUCGAGAUUGAGAGAAUGCGGUCGGAGAGUAUAGCCAGAGAAAGUGAGAAGAGAAGGCUAGCUGAAGUGGUCAAGUCUCUUAGUGAGGGAAGGCCAAUGGGAUCCGACGUGGGUGCCAGAGAAGAACGGGAUAUGUGGAAGGAUAUACUAGAAGCCGAGACUGCCGCACGUGAACAGGCGGAAGAGGAGAACAAGAGACUCCGCGAUGAGGCCCUGCGUUUGCGGAGCGAGAUGAGCAUGGCUGUGGUGCCGGCGAGGCCGGGACCCCGUGACCGCUUUGGCUCCAUGGCCUCCUACUCUGGAGCUUCAGAACGGGACUUUAACCGUCAUACUACGACGGGCAGUUCGUCCAGUUCUACGUUGGUUAUGGAGUUGGAACUGCUGAAGCAAGAGAAUGCGGAGCUGAGGAAGGAAGUUAGCGCACAAACUUCCAUGCUGACAUCGCGUAACCGAGAAAAGGAGCGUCUUUACCAGGAGAUCGAGGAACUGAAACUGGGCCAGCGCCGCGACGCCCGAUCUGUCACUGGCGAUAGCAUCUUUGAUCGUUCGGCAUCUCGAGCUCAAGGGAGGCCCUCCUCGCGAACUAGUGAUGGGACGGGACGUUCUCCAGCCGAUGAUGCCGACCGUGACGAGCUGGAGAUGCGAAACGGGCAGUUACGGGAUCAACUCUCUGCACUGAAGCUUGAAAACCAGGAUAUUCGAGCGCAGUUGGAAGAGUACAUGAGGGAGCUCGAAGCUCUUGACAAGGCGUACCAGGCGGAUGUUGACCAGGCGGAAGAGGAGAUACAGAAUCUCCAGCAGGAGCGUGACCAGGCGCUGCAUAUGGCAGACGAACGUGAUGCCGCAUUCCAGGAUCUGAGGGCCGAGGCCCAGGAAGAGUUAGACGCUCUCGGGGAGGAGUUUGAUCAGAAGGUUGAAGAGUGUCAGCGGUUGGGAGAGGAGUUGAGAAACCAAGACGAGAAUUUCCGAGCUCUGCAGGCGGAGAUGCGCUCAGCGAGUGAGGGUAUCAUUCGGCUUGAAGAAGACGCACAGAACAACUUGCAUCGUUAUCAGGCAGUCCAACGGGAGCUCGAGGAUUGCAACCGGGAGAUGGAGUCGUUAGAGAAGAGUCUGUACGAGGCCAACACCAAGGUCCAGCGGUUGACGGUGCAGAUCGAGUCCAGCCAGAAUGAGAUCGCGUUCCUGCGCGAGGAGCAGGAUGGCGACAAGAUCAAGAUUGGCAACCUUGAACUGGAGCUGAAGACGUACAAGAUGGAUCUGCAGAGUGAGAGGGACAAGACCCGAGAAUUGGAGGAGCGGCUUGCGGAGGAACGGCAUCAGCGAGAGGUUGUGGGAAGCAAGGAGAAGCAGGAGGUCCAGCGGAUUGUCAACGAGCUGAACCGCGAAGCCUCGGCAGCCAAGGAGGAGGUUCGCAAACUCAAGAAGAGCCUGUCAGCACAAGAGAUCGAGACGGCCACUUGGAGGGAGCGUCUCCUGGAGUUGGAGAAGAACCUUCGGGAGACCCUGGGUGAUCUGACUGGUAGCCGGUCCAGCUUGAUCUCCAACAUUAUGAAGCUACAGAAGACUCUGGAGACAACAGCCUUGGAGCUUGAGAGUGUCCGAUCGAAGCUGGAAGAGAAGGAGUCGUUGUUGCGGAACCGCGAUGCUCUCCUGGAAAGCCACGGGCUCGAGUCCCGAAAGCUGGCCGAGCUUCUGGAGCGUGAACGUCACGCCCGUCGGGCUGACAAGCAGUCGUUCGAAAAGGCACUCAAAUCGCACCAGCAAGCGUCCCGAACGAUCACGCAGAAUAACUCGAAGAUUUCCGAUCUGGAACUUGCCCGGAGUCAGGACCGGAAGCGGUUCAACAACUUGGAGCAGCAGUACAAGGAUCAGCUGACUGAGCGGAACGCCAUGCUCCUGACCAUGUGGAAGCGCCUGUCCGCAAUGUGUGGCCCUGACUGGGCACACUCCAACAGUCUGAUCAACGGGAACUUGCCCAGCCAAGAGGUCAUCGGCAACAUUUUGUUCUGGCCCGGGUUCAGUCGCAACCUGCUGCUGGCGGUCAAGACGGUCGAGCAUGUGUUUUCGGGCUUCAAGGCGCGCAUCAAGGAUGUGGAGCGGGACCUCACGAAACAGUACCAGUCUCUGGAGCAUAACUUCAACCAACGGAGCAAGAAGCUGGACAAUCUUAUCGAGUCGAUGGUGAACCUGCGUGCCCAGCAGUAUACCCGCAGUCAAUCAGGUCUAUCGCCGGAGAUGGCCAAACUCCGAGUCUCAUUCGCGCGGCCGGGGGUCUGCCGUGAUGGGUACCGGCUCUCCCCGUUCAUCGACACGGAAUCUGAAUGCGGAAGCUGGCGAUGGCGAGUCCUCGUUGGUGCGGCACAAUUCGAUGGUCGAGAGGCCUGCUCCUCAUACCCCGCGGGGUCUUGCGCGCAGCUCGACCAGCGGCAUUCCACAGCCCUCCCAUGCAUCGUCGACCACGCUCGCCGAGGGCGCCGGAGCCAUGGUCCACGGGUCUCGCUCACGACAUGGGGCGGAUGCGGGCAAUGA